AUGUCUGAUAUUGAAGAAUCACAAGAGGAAUGUACACAAUCUCCGCCAGAGGAAUGUGCAGAUCAAUCAUCAACAGUUGAAGCUUCGGAAUUAACUGCAGAAGAUACAAGCGAUAAAUUUGAUGACAAUGAACAACCUCUAGAAGAAGAACAGGUAUCUUCCGAAGAAGCAGCGAUUACUGAAGAACAAAUAAAUGAAGAACAUGAUGUAUCCGAAGAAGUAGUCGAGGUUGAAGCGGAAGAGGAAUCCCCAAAUGAAGAUUUAACGCAAACAGACGUUGCUGGAGAAUUGGAACAACCUGUUCCUCAAGAUUCUUGUGAAACUGCAACUUCUGUUGAACAAUCGGAUGAACAUCAACAGAACGGCACAGUAUCGAGUGAGUUCGUAGCUACUGAAGAAGAGAACAAUAAUGAAGCUACUGAAAUAACUAACGAAGAUCAAUCACCAACGGAUCAAGUUAGUACUGAAGAUUUAACAGAAAAUAAUUUAUCGGAUGAACCACUAGUAGUCUCUGAAGAGUCACAGGUUCAAGAACUUUCUGAAGAUUCGACCGAGGAACAAAUUCCCUCUGAAUCUGCAAGGGCAGAUAUUGAAGAGAAAUUACCUGUCGAAGAAACAACUGAGGCUGUAAGCAAUGAAGAGCAAAUAUCUUCAAUGGAAUCAACCGAAGAUGUCAAAAUUGACGAGAUACCGGAUGAAGAAACAGUUGUACAAGUCGUACAAGCUGAAGAACAAAUAACAUCAGAAGAGCCAGCUGAAAUUGUAGAAGUUGAAGAACAAAUAACAUCAGAAGAACCAGCUGAAAUCGUAGAAGCUGAAGAACAGAUAGUUUCAGAAGAAUCAACUGAAAUAGUAGAAGCUGAAGAACAAAUAACUUCACAAGAACCAGCUGAAGUUGUAGAAGCUGAAGAACAAAUAACUUCACAAGAACCAGCUGAAAUUGUAGAAGCUGAAGAACAAAUAACUUCGGAAGAACCAGCUGAAAUUGUAGAAACUGAAGAACAAGUAACUUCCGAAGAACCAGUUGAAGCUAUAGAAGCAGAAGAACAGAUACCUAGUGAAAUAGGUGAAACCGCAGAACAAAUAUCUUCGGAAGAGUCAACUGAAGCUGUGGAAACUAAAGGACAGCUAUCUGGUGAUGAAGUAACCAACAUUUUGGAGCCAACACUAGCUAAAGAAUCAGAAGAAACUACAGAAAUCGAAGAACAAGCAUCUGGUAAAGAAACAUCUGAAGCUGCAGAAGACAAAAAGCAGACUCCAUCAUCCGAAGCCAUAGAAGAUCAAGAACAGAUAUCCUAUGAAGAAACUAUUGAAGCUACCUCACUAGAAAGUGAGGUAGCUGUUGAGGAAUUGCAUGAAAAUCUUCAAUCUGGAGAACAGGUACACGUAUCUAGUGAAGAAACAACAGAGGUUGUGGAAUCUGAAGAACAAACACCUAAGGAGGAAUUAACCGAAGCUGCAGAAACUGAAGAACAGAUAGCCGUAUCUAGUGAAGAAAUAACUGAAGCUGUGGAAGCUGAAGAACCUAAGGAACCAGUUGAGGUUGCAGAGACUGAAGAACAGGUACCUGUAUCUAGCGAAGAAAUAACUGAAGUUGUGGAACCUAAAAAUCAAACACCUGAGAAAGAAUCCGUUGAAACUGCAGAAAUUGAAGAGCAGGUACCUGUAUCUAGAGGAGAAACGAUUGAAGUUGUGGAACUUGAAGAACAGACACCUAUGGAAGAAUCAGCUGAGGCUGCAGAAUUUGAAGAACAAGUACAUGCAAAAGAAUCAACUGAAGCUGUUAAAAUUAAGGAACAGUUGUAUGAUGAAGGAGCUGCUGAAGAACCAGCUGAAGAGGUAGAACUUUGCGAAGAGACAGCUCCUGCUAAAUCAUCUGAGGUACUCGACUCUGAAGAACAAAUACUUCCUAAAGGAGCCAUUGAAGAUCCAGUUAUGGUUACAAGUGAGAUACUGCCUGAGGAUAAGCAAACCAGUCAAGAAGUCACAACAGUGGCUGGUGAUAACAAGCAAAUGGAAGUAAACCACAUCAAUGCUGAAGAAAAAGUGGAGACUUCAUCUCGUCAGCAGUUAUCAGACGUAAAUAGAAAUGAUAAUGAUAAAGAAGUGACAAGAAAUGAAAAGGCAGACUCAUUGGUCGUAGCAAAAGAAUCAAACUCUGCUGAUCACGAGAUGACUACUACGAUAUCAAAAGCUAAUAAAGAGCACUCACCUCAAUCUAUAACAACAGCAGAUUCAGAAGCGAAGAAUACAGAUUCACAGGAAGCAGGUGCUGCUGGUUACCAAAAACGAGAGAAAACACCCCGCAAACCUAGAAGAAAAUCCAUUAAGAAAGCAUUUAUAAAAUUAUUUAAAAGAUCGUAG